AUGAGUGGACCGCAUACUGCCUUCUUCUAUGGCACUCUGAUGGAGCCCAAGGUCUUCUUCACAGUCGUCCAAGGAAAUGGCAACCCAUCCCAGGCGAUCAAGGAUCUCUACACGUUCACUCCGGCCAUUCUGCACGACUACACCCGACACCGGGUCCAGUUUGCCGACUACCCGGGCAUGAUCUCCGAGGCGGGCGGCUCUGUCCUCGGCAUCUAUGCGACGGGCCUCACGGACGCCAACAUUCUCAAGCUCGACUUCUUUGAGGGCUCCGAGUACAAGAAGAAGAUUGUCAGCGUCGAGCUCCGCGGCGAGAAUGGCGGUGGGGAGGAGAAGGAAGAGAAAAAGGAGGCCAUGGCUUACAUCUACAUGCGCCCGGAGGGCUUGGAGCGCGUGGAGUGGUCGUUUGAGGAGUUCCGCAAGGAUAAGAUGCACGUCUGGACGCGCGAGAGCCAUGUCUUUGAAGGCUGCGAUGACUAUGCGGAGUUUGAGAAGACAGAGCAGGAAGAUGCACAAGGUCACGACAAGAAGCAUGAUAUGCCCAAGUAG